ACGAAGGAGAAAGGCCAAAGACAAAACGUUGCCAUGCGACUCUUCGUCAUUCCGAUCUCGACGAGACGGGCCCUGAUAUAUGCUCGACCGCUCCGUCGGGAUCAUGCAAAGGAGCUGUCCAUACUCGAUCGAAUCACAAACAAAGCUGCCAAAACAUGGGCUCAAUGGGAGGAAGCCGAAAAGGGUUGGAAAAAACAUUUGGUCGUGUGGGGAAAUAAGGUCCAACAGCGGAUUCCUUAUGAAGAAUGGGGGCUCAAGAGUAUUCCUUCACUCAAUGCUCAGCGACGACUUGAUGAAUCGUAUGGGUCGCAGAAGAUAGAUGUGCUUUUCCCAGGAAAUGCGGUCAAAACUGAAAAGCUCAAGUCGAUCUUGCACAAGAUUGCUACUGAUAGGCAGGACCUACAUCGAAAGAGGAUGUGGUGGAGCUUCAUCGCGAGCCCUUUUACUGCUCCAAUUGGGCUCAUUCCAUUGAUACCUAACAUCCCUUUCUUCUAUCUUGUGUAUCGAGGAUGGUCCCAUUGGCGAGCAUUAAAUGGAUCUAAACACUUGGAAUUCUUGGUCGAGAGGGACCUUCUAAAUCCGAUAUCGCACCCAGCACUGGAGCGACUAUAUGCAAAGCGGGUUUCACGGGCGCUAGAAAUGUCUAACAUUGAACAGUCAAUCUCAAGCAUGGUAGAGGACGUGGAGAAAAGUGACGACAAAUUGCUGCUUCGGAUGGACGAUGCUAAGAAAUUGGCUUCAAUCCUUGAAGCACCGGAGCUUGCUUUGGAAGCCGAACGAGCUAUUGUCCAGGUCGAGGAGAAGUUGAGAACGGAUAACUCGUCCUCGGGCGAAGACGAAAGGAAAAACAGCCCAAAAGAGAAAGAGUCGUGA